GGCACAGAGCAAAUAGCGGCUUUUGUGCGCAUGAUGCACCGUGCUGGACGCACCUGAGAGAAGCUAUAAAGGAAAAAAAAGCGCUGCUUCAAACUGGAUCCUGGAUAUUUUUUAAAGCGUAAAAAAGAACAAAAGUGGCUCCAUGUACAUUUGAUAGCUGGAUCUAAGCAGGUGGAUACUUUGGGUCUGUUGAACUGAGUGAUGAAACUGAGAGAAAACUAUGGAUCCACUCACACCUCCACUUCUCGUCUGAAAAAUAUGGAGGAAAUUCCACUUUCCAUGAUGAUCAGAGGAAACCACUGUCUCAGACCUUACACCAAAAACGAUGCUCUGAAGAAUAAAAAAGCGUAAAAACAGAAACGUUUUCCUCUGCACGAUCACUGCCUUGAAGUGUCUGGACAAUUUCUUGUUCUUAAGACUGUUAACCAACGACUGUUAUCCCUCUAUCUCCCUGUUCCCUUUAAAAGCAUAUUUUUAUAAGAAAUAUCUAUAUGAAUAUAUCUCCGUACAUAUUGCGAAUAAAGACUGGAUUCCUGAAAUUCAACAGAUUUCCAUUUCACUGAAUCCCUGUCGGACAUUUUCUUGGAUUAACUCUUUGCAGCUAUGAAUCUUGUAGGUUUUUCUAUCAGACUGCAGUUAUUCCUCAGCUCCUGUCUGGGAUUGGAAUUUUUAGGUACUCCAGGUCAGUGGGCACGCUACCUCCGCUGGGAUGCCAGCACCCGCGGUGACCUCAGCUUUCAGUUCAAGACAGAAGCCUCAGAGUCGCUGCUGCUGUACUUCGAUGAUGGAGGAUACUGUGACUUUCUGCAGCUGGGGGUGGUGGAGGGUCGAUUGCAGCUGCGCUUCAGCAUUGACUGCGCUGAGACCACAGUUGUUUCCGACAGAAGGGUGGAUGACGGCAGCUGGCACGCCGCCACGCUGAGCAGGUAUAACCUGCGUACAGUACUGGUGCUGGACGGCCAGGCCAAAGCCGAUGAGGUGAAACCUCAGCGCCAGUUCAUGAAAAUAGUGAGCGACCUGUUCCUGGGUGGAGUACCUCAGGAUAUUCGCAAUGGUGCACUUACACUGCCUACGGUGCGAACCAUGCAACCCUUCAGGGGAACAAUUACUGACCUCAAGUUUGGCAGCUCACAACCCCUGUUCCUGGGAAGCCUAAAGGUGCCCCUGGAGUCAGAAGGUUGGUGCACUGUCAACCCGUGUGAGAAUGGUGGAACGUGCAUGGUGAUAGACAGAGAACCGGUCUGCGACUGCUCCAAAACAGAAUACAAGGGCCGCUUCUGUAAUGAAGGGGUCAGCAAGACUAUACCAGGCCUCGCACACAUGAUGGCAGAACAAGCUAAAAGCAAAGCAAGGGAAGAAAACGUCGCCACCUUCCGUGGAUCAGAGUACUUCUGUUACGACCUCUCCCAAAACCCCAUCCAGAGCAGCAGCGAUGAGAUCACACUGUCCUUUAAGACGUGGCAACGUAACGGCCUUAUCCUGCAUACGGGAAAGUCAGCCGACUAUGUCAACCUGGCUCUGAAGGAUGGUGCAGUCUCCCUUGUCAUCAAUCUGGGCUCAGGAGCAUUUGAGGCCAUCGUGGAGCCGGUCAGUGGGAAAUUCAACGACAACACGUGGCACGAUGUGAAAGUGACCCGGAACCUGCGACAGCCCACAGGCAAUGGACCCGACUUGGUAAACAAACUCCAUUGCAUGGUGACGAUAUCUGUGGAUGGGAUUCUGACAACCACGGGCUACACCCAGGAAGACUACACCAUGCUGGGCUCAGACGACUUCUUCUAUGUGGGUGGGAGCCCCAGCACCGCCGACCUGCCGGGAUCUCCUGUUAGCAACAACUUCAUGGGCUGUCUCAAGGAGGUAGUGUACAAGAACAAUGAUAUCCGGCUAGAGUUGUCUCGGAUGGCACGGAUUUUGGAUCCAAAGAUGAAAAUCCAAGGUGAGGUGUCCUACAAGUGUGAGAACGUGGCCACUUUGGACCCAAUUUCCUUUGAGACUCCAGAGGCAUACAUCAGCCUCCCCAAGUGGAAUACUAAGCGGAUGGGAUCUAUCUCGUUUGACUUCCGCACGACUGAGCCCAAUGGACUCAUCCUUUUCACCCAUGGAAAGCGUCAGGAGCGCAAAGAUAAUGCUCGCAGCCAGAAAAACACCAAGGUGGAUUUCUUUGCUGUUGAGCUCUUGGAUGGCAGCCUGUACCUAUUAUUGGACAUGGGCUCAGGGACAAUAAAGGUGAAAGCUACCCAGACGAAAGUAAAUGAUGGUGCAUGGUACCACGUGGACAUCCAGAGAGAUGGACGAUCAGGCACCAUCUCUGUAAACAGCAGACGGACGCCGUUUACAGCUAGUGGUGAAAGUGAAAUUCUGGACCUGGAGGGGGACAUGUAUCUGGGAGGCCUUCCAGUUGACCGGUCCAACCUUAUCCUGCCUACUGAACUUUGGACGGCAAUGCUGAACUACGGCUACGUUGGGUGCAUUCGUGACCUUUUCAUUGAUGGUCGCAGCAAGGACAUCCGACAAAUCGCCGAGGCACAAAAUGGUGCCGGUAUCAAACCCUCAUGUAACAAACAACAAGGAAAACAGUGCGAGAGCUACCCAUGCAAAAACCGAGGAGUCUGCAAGGAGGGUUGGAACAGAUUUAUCUGUGACUGCACCGGCACUGGGUACUGGUCCCGCACCUGUGAGAGAGAGGCCUCCAUCCUCUCCUAUGAUGGAAGCAUGUACAUGAAAGUGGUCAUGCCGACCGUCAUGCACACUGAGGCUGAAGACGUCUCACUGCGCUUCCGCUCACAGCGGGCCUACGGGCUCCUCAUGGCCACCACCUCCCAGGACUCGGCCGACACGUUGCGGCUUGAGUUGGAUGGGAGCCGCGUCAAACUCACAGUCAACUUAGACUGUAUCAGGAUAAACUGUAACUCCAGCAAGGGACCGGAGACCCUGUAUGCUGGGCAAAAGCUCAAUGAUAAUGAAUGGCAUACAGUGCGUGUGGUGCGUCGGGGCAAAACCUACAAGCUAACGGUUGACGAUGAUGUAGCAGAAGGACAAAUGGUGGGCGAUCACACGCGGCUGGAGUUCCACAACGUCGAAACAGGAAUUAUGACUGAGCGUCGCUUCGUUUCCACCAUCCCAUCCAGCUUUAUUGGUCACCUCCAGAGCCUCAGAUUUAAUGGCAUGCUGUACAUUGACUUGUGCAAGAAUGGCGACAUUGAUUACUGUGAGCUCAAUGCUCGCUUCGGGGUUCGCUCCAUAAUAGCUGACCCGGUUACCUUCAAGACAAAAAGCAGCUACCUGAGCCUAGCUACCCUGCAGGCCUACACAUCCAUGCAUCUCUUCUUCCAGUUCAAGACCAUCUCCCCUGAUGGCUUCAUUCUCUUCAACUCUGGCGAUGGGAAUGACUUUAUUGCUGUAGAAUUGGUAAAAGGAUACAUCCACUAUGUUUUUGAUCUUGGAAACGGGCCCAACCUCAUUAAGGGCAAAAGUGAAAGGUCACUAAAUGACAAUCAGUGGCAUAAUGUGGCUAUCACCCGAGACAACAGCAACACCCACACCCUGAAAGUAGAUGCCACAGCCACAAGUCAGACCAUCAAUGGAGCAAAGAACCUUGACCUGAAAGGUGAUCUGUUCAUCGCAGGGCUGGGUCCAGGCAUGUACGGAAACCUACCCAAACUGGUGGCUUCCAGAGAUGGCUUUCAGGGUUGCUUGGCUUCAAUGGAUCUGAACGGUCGCCUGCCGGACCUCCUUAAUGACGCCUUAUUCCGCAGCGGCCAGAUAGAGCGUGGAUGUGAAGGUCCCAGUACAACUUGUCAGGAGGACUCCUGUGCCAACAUGGGGAUCUGCAUCCAGCAGUGGGAGAACUACACCUGCGACUGUUCCAUGACGUCCUACACUGGGACACAGUGCAAUGACCCUGGAACCACAUACAUCUUUGGGAAAGGGGGAGGCCUCAUUACAUUUAACUGGCCAGCUAAUGAGAGACCAAGUACCAGAACUGACAGACUGACUGUUGGCUUUAGCACAUCCCUGAAAGAUGGCAUCCUAGUCAGAAUCGAUAGUGCCCCUGGUCUUGGAGACUAUCUUAUGCUACACAUAGAGCAAGGCAAGAUUGGAGUGACCUUCAAUAUUGGAACGGAGGACAUCCUUGUUCAAGAAAGCAGCACCCCGGUGAAUGAUGGGAAGUAUCAUGUGGUUCGUUUCACCAGGAAUGGUGGGAAUGCUACGCUGCAGGUGGAUAACUGGUCAAUCAAUGAACAUUUCCCAACAGGGAACAGCGACAUUGAACGCUACCAAACGGCCAAUAAGAAAAUUCCUUUCAAAUAUGUCAGACCAGUAGAAGAAUGGCUACAAGACAAAGGGCGGCAGUUAACAAUUUUCAACACUCAAGCAACAAUCACGGUUGGAGGUAGCGACCGAGGCCGACCUUUUCAAGGUCAGCUGUCGGGACUGUAUUACAACGGCCUUAAGGUGUUGAAAAUGGCGGCUGAAGCCAACAUUAACAUCAAGAUCAACGGGAGCGUGAGGCUGGUGGGUGACGUGCCCAGUGUUGCAGGUUCAGCCCGUACCACAGCCAUGCCUCCAGAGAUGUCUACCAACUUUGUUGAGACGACCACCAUGAUGUCAACAACAACCACACGGAAACACAGAUCCUCCCCAACGCAUGUGGUAGAUGACAUUGGGUCCUCUGCAGAGUGUUCAAGCGACGACGAGGACCUAAAGGAGUGUGACAUGAGCAUUGCAGGAGCUGAAUUAGUACAUGAGGAUCCAUUAGAGCUCCCCUUUGUAGCUCCCCGUGCACCCUCCAUUCCCACUCCCUCAACCCACCACCCACUCCUAACCAUUAUUGAGACCACCAAAGAGUCCUUGUCCAAGGCUACUGAGGCGGGGGUACCUUGCUUGUCGGACCGAGGCAGCGAUGAUUGUGAUGAUGAUGGCUUGGUGAUAUCGGGGUAUGGCUCUGGGAAAGCGAUGAAGUCUUACCUGCCCCCAGAUGAUGAUGAAGAUUUUCACUCGAACUUCUCCUUGUUAAGACCCACUUCACACUUUCAAGGUGACUACAAAGCACAUGCGCCCAGGACUUUUAGACAAAACAAACCUUCCAUCUUCAGAUGCGGUAGGACUACCACCAUACCAGUAACCGCCAACCAGAGCCGCACCACUACCACCUCUGCCUCCACCAGCCCUCCACACUUCUCCGGCAAAACAAAUAACCGCGAGCUAAAACCCCAGCCCCAAUCUAGUGUUGCCUCUAUUGCCACAUCCUUUGAGGUAGACAGCAGCAAGCAGAGGGGCCCAUUAAUGAUUUCCGCCAUGUUCCAUAAUAUACCCACAGCACUCCCCACAGAGCCAGGCGUCAGGAGAGUACCAGGGCCCUCGGAGGUGGUCCGUGAAUCUAGCAGCACCACUGGGAUGGUCAUCGGAAUAGUGGCGGCCGCAGCGCUGUGUAUCCUUAUCCUCCUGUACGCCAUGUAUAAGUACAGGAACAGGGAUGAAGGCUCCUACCAGGUGGACGAGAGCCGGCACUACAUAACCAACUCGGCUGUGCAGAGCAAUGGUGCUGUCAUGAAGGACAAACAGCAGAGCCUGAAAGGCAGCAACAAGAGACAGAAAAACAAGGAUAAGGAGUAUUAUGUGUGACUGAGACUUUGGUCAACCCGACAGAACGGAGUAAGAAGGCACUGAGAGAACAUUUAUUACAAGUUUCCCUGUGAGGAGCUUUGACAAAUGAUGGUAUAACAUGGAACUUGAAAAAUUCUAUACUGUGCUGAAUAGUUGAACUGAUAUUUGCUGUAACAUAAAGCACACUUACUAUUAAGCAAAAUGCUUAAUGACAAGGUUAAAUAGCAACUUUAGAAACCUUACACUUCUAUCUGGUCAGAGACAUGUCGCCGGUAUACAAAUAUUUCACAGCAUCAUUCUCCUAAGUGACUUUUAGAGCUAUGUGAUCCUUGGCAUUAAACAAUUUUUGUGAAAUUGUUAAUUACAAAAGGCUCAUUAUCGUAAAUGUUUCCAGCAUGUAAGCAACGAAUAGUGCUUAACGAGAGGGGGUCAGGCACACAAAGGACACUUGUAAUCAAAAUAUUACAGAUUUUUAUGGUUUAUACAUAAUAUAAGUGUGGUGUCUUACAUAUUUUUGCUUAAAGCAAAA